GCUAGGACAAACACAAGCUGUCAGUCUGUGCAGCACACUGUGUUGUUUGUGGCAUCAUUAGGAAGGAUACACUACGUCGUGUCCGCCUCUGGAGUCAGCCUUCAUUUCAGGUACACACACACACACACACACACACACACACACACACACACACACACACACACACACACACACACACACACACACACACACACACACACACACACACACACACACACACACACACACACACACACACUUUUGUGUCUUGGUGACAGUUGGAUGGUCGUAGUUGAAAUUGUGAAAUAGUAAAAGGGAGAAUAUGUGAUUUCUGUGUAAAGCAACAAGCUGUCAGGGAGUUUCCUAAGAAGAUUAAGUGGAACAGAGCUGAGAACGACAAGCUGGGGGCACAUCAUCAUCAUCAUCAUCAACAACAACAACAACAACAACAACAACAACAGGGUUUCUGAGUUACACCACCACGCUUGUGAAAGGAAAAUUAAAUAUCUGACACAUUCUGGAUCAAAUUUGAAAAAAGUAUGAAUUUAUGACUCUUCCUCUGUGAUUCUUGUGAAGAAUCCAUAGAAGUGGAAAAACCUCGAGGAUGUUUCACCUUCGACACUGGUCUUAUUUCCUCUGGUUCUCCGGGUUUCACAUGUAGAGCUGCUAACCCAGAAUCUCAGUGUCGUCUCCUGGUCGACGCUCCAGUGUUUGGAAGUAGUUCUAAUCUUCCUCACACCUGCCAUGGCUGUGCCAAGCUAUAAAUACAGGGAGGGGGAGGGGGGGUCAUAAGAGGAUCCACCUGGUGACAGUUGGAUAGUGAUCGUGGCUCACAAGAUGCCGGAGAGGCCAAGGUGAAGGUUUACUUAACUAGUUCUCCCAGCGGUGGCAACAGUAGUGAAAGGAAUCUGUUUUCUCUUCAGUCUGAUGAGUGGAUGAGAAGGAAAAGCUCAGGAUCUGUUUGUUCUUCUUCUGUGUUUCUGGGAUAUCAUCACCAAAGGAUGCUGGGAGAGAAGCCGGUUUUCUUUUCAACGGUAAACUGUAAGUUUCCUGAUGUCAUUUGAUUUCACUGUAACCCAUGUUGGGGCUUGUUGUGGAGGUAUUUUUGUGUGAAGGUCAUUUUUUUUUGUGUGUUUUAAAGUUUAAAGUUUGGUUCACCCAAAUUACAAAAAGAAAAAAAAACCCUUUCAUACUCGCCUAUAUUGAUCUGGAUUGUUGUGGUUUUAUUUGUCCAGUUUUUGAGUGGCCAAGAUCCGUGUCAGUACGAUGGGGGAGGUGGUUAUCAGUGCUUAAAAAAAUAACAAUUAAAAAAAUUUCCUCUUUCCAGAAUCAACGAUCCAGUAGCUCAGGAUAAGGCACAGAAAAGUUUUAUUUCUUUGCUCCAGUGAAAACUAAUGACAGCAAGAGAGAGUCACACAUCUCAGCUGGAUGUCUCAAAAUGUGAAAAACUAAACACAAACUCGAGGUGAAGCUGUUAAUAUAUUCUGCUUGUACCGACAGUGUGAGAUGUGUUCAGUCCUCUACAUGCCAGGCCUCAUUUAAUACCAGACAACCGUGACUGGUUUAGGGCAGUUGCAGGUUACUCAUGCUGAAGUCACUGUUGCACAUGCUGCAACUAGAAGCCCCGCCCUCCAGGAUUUAAAAAAGUUUUUAUUUUGUAGUCGACUUCCUCUUUGACCAAAUAUUUGAUGCCAGGUUUUUUCAAAAGGCGUCGAUCGGGUCAGAAAGGUUGAAUGUUUUACUGUUAGUAACUGAGGUCCACAGCUCCUGGAGCAGCGCCAACAGUCAACGGUUAAAUAAGAUUCACUCCAUGUGGAAAUCUGUCGAUAAGUUUAUCCAAGCAAGUCUCUGUGUUGAGUGCAUGUAGAGCAGGAAUAAAAUGAGAGUUAUCGUGUUUUUCAGCAAGAUAUUCAUGUGUCUCCUGCUUCCUUCCACAGAAUCUCUGCUGGAUGUAUCAUGGGCGCUGACCUCUGACCUGCUGCAGGAGGCCGUCACCACACCUGAGCUGCCACAUCUGUAACAGUCCACAGUCGUGACAUGUUGACAUCUGUGUUUUCCAAGCAGCUCAUCCCGACACCGGACUCUGUUUCCCGCUCUGAACGGACUUCAGUUUUUCCCAAGUGAGCAGGACCAGUUCUGACAACAGAAAAUGGAGCCCUAAUGUUGUAUCGCUCACACUUCACCUGCAGAGCGGAGCCGCUCCAACGCCGCGCUGACAGUCGGGACUGCUGUGUGCGGAUUGAUGUUUCUAUGUGGUGAGUGUGCGAGUGCAGCGCAGCCUUGGAUCCAUCGUGGAACCACAGUCCGCCCGGGCGCCCAGCCUUCGGGCCGGAGUCGCUCCAAACCGGAAACUACUCUCUGGUGCUGCUGAUUCAGCUCAGCCUGCUCUCCUUCGACCUGUUUGUCAACUCCUUCAGCGAGCUGCUCAGGGCGGAACCAGCCGUCCAGCUGGUGCUUUUUAUCAUCCAGGACAUCGCCAUCCUGUUCAACCUGAUCAUCAUUCUGCUGAUGCUGUUUAACACCUUCGUGUUCCAGGUCGGCCUGGUCGCCAUAUUGCUGGAGCGAUUUAGAGCUCUGCUAAUGCUCUCUGCUCUCUACCUGACCUUCAGUAUCAUUCUCCACUCCUGGCUUAUGAAUCUGCGUUGGCUGAACACCAACAGAUUUAUUUGGACAGACGGCCUUCAGGUGCUGUUUGUGUUCCAGAGAACCGCGUCUGUGUUGUACUACUACUUCUACAAGAGGACCUCAGAGUAUCUGGGUGACCCUCGCCUCUACGAGGAUUCACCGUGGCUGCGAGAAGUCUUCGCUCAAGUCCGACAGUGAUCUCACUGCAGCGGAGCCACAGAGGCCAAAACCAGUGUAAACAUGGCUCAUUAAAAAGUAAUUCCCCAUAUGGAAACCAAAUGAUACAAAGUUUUGAUUUAAAAUCCGUACAAUGUAAGAAUCGGCCACGUCAGUAGUGUUGUAUUAAAGGUGCAGUAAAUUUAUUUGCUAUACAUUUACAGUCACUGUUACAUUUUGGAAAUUUUAAAUAAGACAAAAUAAACAUUCCCGCUUAAGAUGCACUACUUGCAGCACGUGUAUUAUAAAUCUAUUUGAUGCGGAUGGUAGCCAAAAAAUUUAUAUUCCACAUUACAUCUCCUUCCAGUGUGAGGAGGACUGUGCCAAAAUCUGGUAAGAUUUAUGAUCGUAGCAAGGCCGGAGCGUCUCAGGAGGUUUUCUGUUUCGAUGGUAAAAAAGGAUGAAGAGUGAGGUCAGGUUUUUUUUUUUUAAAGCAUUCUGUUGAUAUCAGUCACCACAUGCCCUUUUUCUUUUCUUUUGUUAAUGCUGUACAUUUUUAAAAAAAGACUAUAUUGCAAUUGUUUUAUAUACAUUUGAGACCAUUUGAGUUUGUUUGUACAGUCUGUAUUGAACAGGGUUUAACUGUAUCAUGGAUGGCUUGGCCAGUUGUUGAUUUCCAAUGUCUGUAAAAUCUGGGCUGUUUUGUGUUUCAUAUUCACAAAAGAACUUAAAACAUAUACAAUUAAAAUAUUUCUUUUAAA